ACUUUAAGUAGCAAUUCAAAGGGAUGCGGCACAGGAGCUCUCCAUUUCUCAGUCCGAUGUAACUCAAAAUCUUGUCGAUUGUCAGCAAUGGGUGCAAGAACUCUGCGAUUGCCUAUCAUUACUGACAUCAAACACAAAGGGAUGCAUUUUAUUAUAAUGGAUUCUCCUUCGAAAACGAAUGUGCCUUAUUUUGUGGAGGAAUGUUCCAAGCUUAAUGUAUCUGAUGUCGUUCGUGUAUGUGAAGACCGGUAUCCUGUGGAGCCUUUUGAAAAUGCUGGGAUAUGUGUACAUCAUUGGGAAUUCAGUGAUGGUUCACCUCCACCCGAGAAUAUUCUCACAGAAUGGUUCACUCUCCUCAGAAAUCGAUUUUAUGGGGAAAAUAAUACCGCUCAUGUUGAUCAAAACCACCUGGUACCUGGGCCAAUCGCUGUUCAUUGUAUAGCUGGAUAUGGAAGGGCUCCGGUCCUGGUAGCUGUUGCGUUAAUGGAACUUGGAAUGUCCAGUGAAGAUGCAAUAGAAUUGAUUCGCAGUAAACGUAAAGAAGUGAUCUUCUUACCCCCCCCUCCAAAAAAAGAGCAAUCUCUCCUCAAAGAUAUUUGUCCGCUUGUACAAUUCGUUGACUUUCAUGCUGUUAUCUUUAUUAUUUUUCAUUUGAAUUUAUCCACCGUGAUCUUUCGUUGCUUAUUUGUUUGUUCAUUGACUCUAGAUAUAUUUGCCAUGGCGUAUUGAUUUGGUUUUGUUCUUAUCUACUUCCUGUCUUGUUGCUAUCCAUGUGAUACCACCAUUGAAUGAUGCUUAAAAUCAGUAUUUUUUUUGCUCUUUAGAAUAAGUUUUGCUUAAUAUUCAAUUUUUUUAAAUUAGUUUUCCGAUCCUUCUCUUUUUAUCUAUCUACCUGUGUGUGUGCCUGUACUUUGAUUUAACUCCAUCAUCUCAAACUUUGUCGUUGCAUUUUAAAUUAUCCCCAUUAACCUAUUAGUGUGUGUGUGUAUACUUCUGAAUAACUUGCUAGUCAGUUUUGAAAUAAGAAUUAACAAUAAUAUAUAAUUACUUUCUAUUGUGUUUAUUUUUUCUCUCGUAGAUUGUGUUAUGUACGUGCCUUUUAUCAUGCUUAUUACCUACUCUUAUGUUGUCCUAUAUAUAUAUUUUUCCAAUUACACUUUUAUUAUUAUCUACAAAAAACUGGAUUAUUGUAACUUAAACGCGAAUCUCUGUUUACAUACUGUAUUUCUGUGCUUAGUAUAUUUGUGCAUUUGUUUGUAAAUGGAUAAGUGUCUGUGCAUACCUUUUAUUAACUUAUAGUUGGUUAUUAAACAUUUGUCCACCUUUUAUUCGUAAAUUAUUGCAUAAUUGUAAUCAACAGCUGUUAUUUCACAGUGAUCCUAGUCUACCCCCAUGAAAAUCGGAUGUUUUCUUCUUGUUGUGUUUCUUCUUUUAUAUUUUCUUUCUUAUUAGAAUAAUUCUCUAAGAUUGUUUUUUUUAUUGUGUCUGUAUGGAUUGUGUUAGAAUAAUUUACCUGUAUGCACAUACAUGCUACCUGUGUUUCUUCUAUUUUCACAUUGUGUUUCGUAUAUACAUAGAUAUCUUAGUACGUAUUCUAUUUCAUAGAUUUUAAUGUUGAAUGAUUUUCAUUAUCUGCCUGUUUGGUGUACGUUUGUGUCUUUGUUUUGUCUGUCUAACUAUUCAUCUGUUUUAAAUUACUUAACCACGACUAUCUAUGUAGUUUUGUGUUUGAAUAAUGGAUUAACUCUUUUUGAAUAAAAAUAUAUUGAACUUAAUAAAUAUCGGCUUUUUAGGAUUCAUCUCAUGUUUUAGUGGAGAAGUAACUUGAUAGUUAUAGGAUUUAGUUAUCAAACACUUAUUCGCACGUUUGAACUACACGUCUGUCUUAGUAUGUGUAUAAGUAUCAUUAGUCUUCACAUAAAAUGAGUGACUCAAUUGUAGAUCUUUUUAAUCAGAAUUCAUCUAGAACCUGGCGCGCACACACACACACACUGUGAUCAAUUCCAGUUACUAUGCUUUACACCAGUUCAGUGAGAGAGGAAAUUAACAAGGUUCAAUGAAAAGAUUGAAUUAUAUCAACUGUUAGCAAAGAUUCGCAUCUCAAUUGGAUGAUUUUGGGUGUAAUGUUCUGUAAGCGUAAUAGUUAAAAAAAAUAUAUGCAAAUAUUCAGCAGAAAUUAAUUGUUUAUACGUAUAUUCUUUUUUCACGUGUUGAACUUACUAGGAAGUAUAUAUAAUUCAAUCAUUCAUAUAUAUAAAUCAAAAAUGAGAUAAAACUAACUUGUGAUUAGAAAGCAGCUGAUGCCAUCC